AUGCCACCCCACUUCAAACUUGGGGGUCACUUCAUGCUCCUCUUCCUGGCGGCCCUGAGAGGGGAGAGCCGGUACCCAGAGAGGCCGGGAGCGGUGGACUUCGCCCCGUCGCGGCUCCCCAGCGCCCCCUGGAAGCGCGACCCGGCCGGGGAGCCGCCCUACGGCCGCGCCCUGCGGUGCCUGGACAUGCUGAGCCUGCCGGGCCAGUUCACCUUCACCGCCCGGCAGCCGCAGCUGCACUGCGCCGCCUUCUUCAUCGCCGAGCCCCGGGAGGCCAUCAGCAUCCGCUACGACCGGGGCUCCCUCGACUGCCGGGCCGGGGACUUCCUGAAGGUGUUUGAUGGAUGGAUCCUCAAGGGGGAGAAAUUCCCCAGCGCCCAGGACCACCCGCUCCCCACCGCAGAGCGGUACACAGAUUUCUGUGACAGUGGUCUUACCAGAAGGAGCAUCAGAUCUUCCCAGAAUGUGAUCAUGAUCUUCUUCCGGGUCCAUGAGCCCGGAAACGGAUUCACACUCACCAUAAAGAUGGACGCCAACCUCUUCCCUUGCAAUGUCAUCUCUCAGACUCCAAAUGGCAGGUUUACUCUGGUGAUUCCACACCAGCAUCGAAACUGCAGUUUCUCCAUCAUUUACCCAGUGGCCAUCAAAAUAUCUGAUCUCACGCUGGGACACUUUCAUGGUCUCCAGUUAAAGAGGCCCCCGGCAGAUUGUGGAGAAAUUGGAGACUUUGUGGAGCUAUUAGGAGGAACUGGAUUGGACCCUUCCAAGAUGAUGCCUUUAGCUGACCUCUGCUACCCUUUUCAUGGUCCUGCCCAGAUGAAAAUUGGCUGCGACAACGCGGUGGUGCGCAUGGUCUCCAGUGGAAAACACAUAAACCGUGUGACGUUUGAAUAUCGUCAGCUGGAGCCAUCUGAAAUGGAAAAUGAAAAUGGAAACAGCCUCCCAGAAUUCUGUUCGUCGAGCCUCUGA